ACCGGAAGUAGCGUGACGUCACAAGCGGUAGUGCUGCUCACAAUUCCCCGUUGUUUACAAUGGAGCGAGAGAUAUUCGGAGCGAGAAAACGACGAUUACCCCAUUAAUUUGAGCGAGGAUGAAAUAUUUGUGGAUGAGGAACGUUAGAGUGACGGACUAGAAUGCAGUUCAAGAGAUAUCUUUUUUCGCUCUGACCGUAACUUAGGUACAAGCUGGCUCAUUGGAAUCCACACUCUCUCCUUUUUCUGUUGUGGAUCACGGAUUUGUAUUUCAAACCACCUCGGAUACUAUAUCCUCUUGAAAAUGAGAGUCGAGAAGGCGAAAUGGACAUUCACAGUGACUUUUAUCUCCACGACGAUACAUCGGCGAAGCUCUUUAGCAUGAGCUAACGUGAUAGCGUCUGUCUCAAAUGCAGAUAGAAACAAAAUAAACAAAUCCCUGACUGGAAGGAUAGACAGAAGAUCAACAAUACUACUAUCAGGAGACACCGAACCAAACACUGGACAUGUAAAUACACGGUUAAUGCUGUGCCGCCUGACGAAGCCUAGCAAUGGUGUUGCUAAUGACGCCAUUGAAGCUAACUUAGCUACGGGACCUCGUCAGAGCUAUGAUAAAAAACAUUAGCGCUCCACCUACGCCAGCCCUCAUCUGCUCAUCAACACCCGUGCUCACCUGCGUUCCAGCGAUCGACGAUGCGGUCGGCGGCCCGGAGACGUAGGAAGUCAAGUCUAUCCCCAGGGUCAUGUCUUUGGAGGUGGGAUGACCCGGAAUGAACAUGCAAACUCCGCCCGGAAAGAUCCGUAGUCCGGGAAUCGAACCCAGGUUCCUUCACACUGUGAGGCACGAACACCAUCCACUGCUCUGUCUGCAAUUCUAGGAUCUGCAAGAUGCCUGCGUUUCCCAGACAUGUGAGCGUCAAUACAGUAUCUGGGUCAUCCCGCCCAACCCUCUUAAGCGGCGAGUCCGGCAGGCGCUUCAUCAGAGAAGGCAGGAUGAAGGCGGCGGAGAAGCAGAAAGAAGUUCUUGUCAAGUCUCCGAGUAAGAAAGAGAAGGAUAAGAGCUGGAUCCCCAACAUCAUCAAGAAGCGGGUGUGCAACGCUUUUGUCGAAGACCCGUCCAGUGAUGGAGAGCUGUGUCUUUGUGGCGACGUGCGGCACUUGCAUCACUCUUUCCCUGAGAAGACUGAGAAGACAGAGAAGACAGAGAAGACAGAGAAGACAGAGGAGACUGCAGAGAUAGAGGAGACAGAGGAGUCCUCGGAGGUGGUCCACCAGUGGGACAGUAGCAAGAACACCACAGAGUGUCCCACCGAUGCCUUCGGAGAGCUGGAGUUUGCCGGCGCCAGUUGCAGGCACAGUUAUUUUCUGCGGCUAUCAUGUGACACGCCACCUCAAAAAAUCUACUCCCUGCUGACCACACACUGGCGAUUGCCCUCACCCAAUUUGGUGGUGUCAGUGGUGGGAGGCGAAGGACGUGAGACGGUCAAAUCAUGGGUGAGAGAUGUCCUGAGGAAUGGGCUGGUUCGAGUUGCACAGAGUACAGGGGCCUGGAUCUUUACGGGGGGUCUACGGGAAGGCGUGGCUCGCUGUGUCGGCGAGGCGGUGAGGGACCACAGCGCUGCAGCUUCGAAGAUCUCCAAGAAGAAAGUCAUAGCUGUGGGAAUCGCACCCUGGGGCAUUGUGUUCGACAGACAACAGCUUGUUAAUGCAGAGGGAAGCUUCCCCGCUUGCUACUACGUCCAGAACACGGCACAUGACUCGUGCCUCCUGGACAGCAACCACCAAGCGUUCUUGCUGGUGGAUGAUGGCAGUAGCGGCCGAAGGGGAGGAGAGACGGCCUUUCGUGCAGGUCUGGAAGGUCAUAUCUCUCACCAGCGCACCGGCAUUCUGGGUAGUGGCAGCAUUGAAAUCCCAGUGCUGUGUAUGCUCAUCUCAGGAGACGCCAGCAUGCUGAAAAGACUAGAGAAUUCUUUGAAUAAAUCCACGCCCUGGCUUGUCCUGGCCGACACUGGUCCGGCUGCAAACCUGAUCAGUGAUCUUCUAAUGAGUCUUCCUUGCAUCGCAAUAAGCCCCUCUUUGUUCGAGACAGGAGAUAUGGAUUGUCUCUGCAUGGACAUCCGUGACAGGAUCCACGACAAGAUCCAGAAACACUUUCCAAAUGAACGUGACCGGGACAAACUGGUGGACAGCGCUCUGUAUAUUCUUUUUAACAGAGAGCUCAUCACUGUGUUCCACGCAGAGCAGGGACUUGAUGAGUUUGAUAAUGUACUCCUCAAAGCCCUCGUUCGAGCUAGCAAACGUUUGUCCAGCGACGCCAGCGAGUACACUGAAGAGUUGAAACUGGCUGUGGCCUGGAACCGAGUGGACAUUGCCAAGACAGAACUCUUCACCGGAAACAUACUGUGGAAGUACGAUGACCUGGAGGGUUCAAUGACAGACGCUCUCAUCAACGACAAGCCUCAGUUUGUGCGGCUCUUCUGUGAAAACGGUCUGAAUAUUUUGGACUACAUGACAUACCAACGCUUGGAGAGUUUGUAUCGCUCGCUCUCGGACAGCUCCGUGGCCUACGUUCUUCUGCAGAGGCGCCUGAGUGACCGUCUGAGUCUGGAUGGAUCUCGACCCAGUCUGAACGGAGUCAUAGGGGCACCGCGCCUUAGCACACAGAGUGUAACAUCUGGACCUGCUUCAGGGAAUGACCUCAGCUUGUUUGAGGUAUCACGUGUUCUGUGGGACCUGCUGGGAGAUGUCUGUCAGCCUUUCUACUAUGAACCCCUGGGUCUGGACUUCAAGAUCGGCUCUUCGAGGGCCCUCAGACAAGUCAACAAGAUGCUGCAUGGGGGCAAUUGUGCGUACCGGGACCAACGUUGCCACUCGCCCUGGGCAGCGCUCUUCAUCUGGGCUAUCUUGCAGAACCGCAGUGAGAUGGCUGUUUAUUUCUGGGAAAUGGCGGGCGAGUCGGUCAUGUCUGCCCUCGGGGGUUGUAAGCUGCUGAGGGAACUUUCUCAUUUGGAGAGUGAGAAUGAGAGCAAGGCGGCCAUGAAAGAGCUGGCGCAGAAGUUUGAGGAUCUUGCACACGAUGUAUUUGGAGAAUGUUACCAGAGCAGCGAGAGGCGCUCCUUCACCCUCCUGAUAAGAAAGUCACCAGUGUGGGUUGGAGCGACGUGUCUGCAGAUGGCAACUGCGGCUGAUGCUCGCCUGUUCUUCAGCCAUGACGGCGUUCAGUCGUUGCUGUCCCAGAUCUGGUGGGGCAGCAUGGACAGAACCACGGAGGCGUGGAAGCUGGUGAUCGCCUUCUUCAUGCCCCCUCUCAUCUUCACAGAUUUUAUCAGCUUCAGGCAGCAGGAAGACGAGGAUGUUCCAGUAGUAGUCCAGGUCAACCUCAAAGACGCCAACAUUCUGGAGGACAAUGAUGGCGCAGUCUUCCCCCUUGCAGAGAUUGUACACAAGGAUGAAGAGGCGGAUGAGUCCCAGGCUCUAGAAGAAGACCUAACAUCCUCUUCAACAUCCGACAUCAGGGCACCAUCAUUCAUCGUGACGCGGUGGAGACAGUUUUGCGGCGCCCCCGUCACCACCUUCCUGGGCAACGUGCUGAUGUACUUCCUGUUUCUCUGCCUCUUCGCCUACAUCCUGUUGGUGGAUUUCAAGCCCGCACCUCCGAAAGGCCCUUCCUCCCUGGAAUUUGUGCUUUACUUUUGGGUUUUUACAUUAGUUUGUGAAGAAAUCCGACAGAUCUUCUUUGUGUCCAGCAACUUUAUGGUCCAGGGGAUGAAGAGUUACAUCAACGAUAUUUGGAACCAGUGUGACGUCACGGCCAUCACAAUCUUCAUUUGUGCUCUCGGCUGCAGAAUGUUCCCGCAGUCGUUCAAGUUCGGCCGAGCGUUGAUGGCAAUCGAUUUCAUGAUCUUCACGCUGCGUCUGAUCCACAUCUUUGCCGCCCACAAGCAACUCGGGCCCAAGAUUAUCAUCGUUGGCAAAAUGAUGAAAGACAUUUUCUUCUUCCUCUUCUUCCUGACUGUGUGGGUCAUCGCCUACGGAGUAGCCAACCAGGCGCUCCUCUACUCAUACGAUCCACGUCCCAACUGGAUAUUUCGUCGGGUCUUCUACAGACCCUACCUGUAUAUAUUCGGACUCAUUGACGUACAAGAAGUGGAUGCUGAUUUGAUUGGGAACAAGAGCUGCACCAACAAUGUGACGCUAAUCGAAGCGGGACAUGAGCCUUGCACAAACGCCGAUGUCAACUGGCUGGUUAUCGUCCUUCUGGUCAUCUACCUGCUGGUUACCAACAUCCUGCUGAUCAAUCUCCUCAUCGCCAUGUUCAGUUUCACCUUCAACGAAGUUCAAGAGCGCAGUGACAUCUACUGGAAAUUCCAACGCUACAACCUGAUCGUGGAAUACCACUCCAGGCCUUCCAUGGCGCCGCCAUUCAUCAUCAUUUCACAUAUUAUUCUUUUUAUCAAGAGAUGCGUCCGCCAUAUACCCUCGGAAAAGACAAAACACUUUGUUUUGGAGCUGCCGGACAUCAAAGCCAGCCAGAUCAACAUGUGGGAGGCCAUCCAGAAAGAAAACCUCCUCUCGGCUGAGAAUAAGCGGCAUAGGGAUAGUGACACGGAACGCCUCAAGCGUACAUCUUUCAAGGUGGACAGUGUGCUGAAGAAAAUGGUCGCACAUCAUGACAACGACCAGCGUUUGCAGCUCCUGGAGACCGAGAUGGAGUACUGCUGCAACUCCCUCUCCUGGAUGAUGGAGGCCCUGUCUGAGAGUAACCUCAUCAAAGCCAACCGCUCCCCUCCAGUCUUAAGAGACCUGUCUCCAAGCUGAACUUCCUAAACUCUCCUCACAGAGAUAUGUGCGAGCACACAAACACACACACACACACACACACACACACACACACACACACACACACACACACACACACACACACACACACACACACACACACACACACACACACACACACACGCACACACACACACACACAUUCUUGUAUUUGUUACCUUCUUGAGACCUCUGAAAAAUGCUUAUCUCUUAAGGACCACCCUUUAUAGAUAUAUCAAGAUUUUUAUUUACAAUAUUAAUAAUAUAUACAUACUAUGCAAAUAUAAAAACGUAAGCUUUUAGUUGAAUUUUUGUCUUUGUUUUGUUUGUAAUUGGUUUUUAAUCGUCAUUAUUUACUUCAAGUUAUUACAGUAUGCCGCUAUAUACAUAUUUAUCAAUUUUAAAAAAAAUCUAUUUUGGCUAAAGGGGGUGCAUUUCAAUUUCUGACACACACUUGCUAUUACAUAUGUUGGCCAGAGGGGGAACACUUCAAAUUUUUCCACACACUUGUUAUUUCAUAUGUUGCCCAGAGGGGGCGGGAGCACUUUUAAAAAUCCCUCCUUUGUGGGACCACCAGGGGUGCAAAUGAGACAUUCUCUAUGAUGGUUUUCCGUAUUGGGACCAUGAUUUCGGUCCUAACUUGUUCACAUCUCCUCAUAUGAAAGCUACUUUUCCUUGUUGAUGUCUCAAGAAGGGUAGAAAUACAAGAACACACACACACACGCACACACACACACACACACACACACACACACAUUCCUGUAUUUGUUACCUUCUUGAGACCUCAGAAAAAUGCUUAUCUUUUAAGGAACACCCUUUAUAGAUAAAUCAAGAUUUUUAUUUACAAUAUUAAUAAUAUAUACAUACUAUGCAAAUAUAAAAACAUAAGCUUUUAUUGUAUUUUUGUUUUUGUUUUGUUUGUAAUUGGUUUUUAAUCGUCAUUAUUUACUUCAAGUUAUUACAGUAUGCCGCUAUAUACAUAUUUAUUAAACAUUUUUUAAUCAAUUUUGGCCAAAGGGGGCGCAUUUAAAUUUCUGACACACACUUGUUAUUACAUACGUUGGCCAGAGGGGGAACACUUCAAAUUUUUCCACACACUUGUUAUUUCAUAUGUCGCUCAGAGGGGGAGGGAGCACUUUUAAAACCGACACACAGUCAACUUGAAGUGGGACCACCCUCAUUUUGAUAGAUUUCACCACCAGGGGUGCAAAUGAGACAUUCUCUAUGAUGGUUUUCCGUAUUGGGACCAUGAUUUCGGUCCUAACUUGUUCACAUCUCCUCAUAUGGAAGCUACUUUUCCUUGUUGAUGUCUCAAGAAGGGUGGAAAUACAAGAACACACGCACACACACACACACACAUCACACAUUCUUGCAUUUGUUACCUUCUUGAGACCUCUGAAAAAUGCUUAUCUCUUAAGGACCACCCUUUAUAGAUAUAUCAAGAUUUUUAUUUACAAUAUUAAUAAUGUAUACAUACUAUGCAAAUAUAAAACCGUAAGCUUUUAGUUGAAUUUUUGUUUUUGUUUUGUUUGUAAUUGGUUUUUAAUCGUCAUUAUUUACUUCAAGUUAUUACAGUAUGCCGCUAUAUACAUAUUUAUUUUAUUUUUUUUAAUCAAUUUUGGCCAAAGGGGGCGCAUUUCAAUUUCUGACACACACUUGUUAUUACAUAUGUUGGCCAGAGGGGGAGCACUUUAAAUUUUUCCACACACUUGUUAUUUCAUAUGUUGACCAGAGGGGGCGGGAGCACUUUUAAAAAUCCCUCCUUUGUGGGACCACCAGGGGUGCAAAUGAGACAUUCUCUAUGAUGGUUUUCUGUAUUGGGACCAUGAUUUCGGUCCUAACUUGUUCACACCUCCCCAUAUGGAAGCUACUUUUCCUUGUUGUUGUCUCAAGAAGGGUAAAAAUACAAGAACACAGACACACACACACAUUCUUUUAUUUGUUACCUUCUUGAGACCUCCGAAAAAUGCUUAUCUCUUAAGGACCACCCUUUAUAAAUACAUCAAGAUUUUUAUUUACAAUAUUAAUAAUAUAUACAUACUAUGCAAAUAUAAAAACAUAAGCUUUUAGUUGAAUUUUUGUUUUUGUUUUUUUUUGUUUUUGUUUGUAAUUGGCUUUUAAUUUUCAUUAUUUACUUCAAGUUAUUACAGUAUGUCUCUAUAUACAUAUUUAUUAAAAAAAAUGUAAUAAAUUUUGGCCAAAGGGGGCGCAUUUCAAUUUCUGACACACACUUGUUAUUACAUAUGUUGGCCAGAGGGGGAGCACUUCAAAUUUUUCCACACACUUGUUAUUUCAUAUGUUGCUCAGAGGGGGAGGGAACACUUUUAAAAAUCCCUCCUUUGUGGGACCACUCUCAUUUUGAUAGAUUUCACCACCAGGGGUGCAAAUGAGACAUUCUCUAUGAUGGUUUUCUGUAUUGGGACCAUGAUUUCGGUCCUAACUUGUUCACAUCUCCUCAUGGACGUUACUUUUCCUUGUUGAUGUCUCAAGAAUGGUGGAAAUACAAGAACACACACACACACACACACACACACACACACACACACACACACACACACACACACACACACACACACACACACACACACACACACACACACACACACACACACACACACACACACGUCAUCGACAUAAAAUGUCCGAGUUGAAAUUGUAUUGCCCUAAUUGUGUCCAUUGUUUUGUUUAUUUGUUAUUAUUUCCUGUUUCCGCCUGCAUUUCCUGUCCGUCUUUUGUUUCCUCAUCAGACGCCUCAACUGACAAGCUUGUUCAUUGGUUCUGUGACCGACCUCCUAACUCAAAACGCUUGCAUUUCAAAUUAACCAUGAAAUUAAUUUAAUUGGGGCUUGUUACCCUCCAAAACUGCACAAUUUUAACACACAGCAUGACUUUUAAGAAGACAAAGAUAACCAAUAUGGAAAUAAUUACAUUAUUUUUCAAAGUAAUAUAAUAAUAAUAAUGUACAGCAUUGAGGAGCAAACUUCUACAGUAUCUACUUUAAGCUGCUUCUCCGUCAAACACACCAUCAGCGACAUUUCCGUAUUUUCAUGGCUAAAUGUAUUAUCUAAACACUAUUUGCUGGCAUUAGACUCCUUCUGCUUCAGUAUGGUGAAUGCUUGGCCAAGCGGCGACACACUUGGUCAUAUUUUUGAUGAUUUCAUUUGCUCCGCUUAGCUUGUCAAACCAAAGAAUGUCAUUUUUGCACAUGCUGCCUCAGUCUCUGAAUCCCGGGGUCCAAACCCAAACCAAUCAUAGCCGUUGCCGAUAACACAGAUGUUCUUGAUGAGAACACUGCUGAGAAAAUGUUGUGAGAGAUGAUUUUAAAUAAACUGUGUAAAAUACCAAGUGUAUUCUUUUUUUUUUUACUUGCAAGAAUAAGGAGAGUUGCACAAA